CCACAUCGUCGCCGUCCUGCUCUGUCUCUUGUAGCUCCUCGUUCCGUGCGCUCCCGUGCCGCCCCUCCCGGCCCGCUUCUCUCUCUCUCGCGCGCGCAGCCCUCUGCGGCCGCGCUCAUCCGAUCAAGCACCGCCCUAUCAGCUGAGGCCGGUGCCUCCUGACCUGACCGAUGGCCGACUCGGGCGUGAUCUUCGAUCACAUCAGCCCUGCGACCCACGGCGGCUAUCGCGUCUCGGUGCAGGUGCUCCAGGUCGUGUAUGCCGUUUUCUUCGGCGCCUCGCUGCUCGACCUCGUCCAGCACAUCGGCUUCGACAUCAAGCUCGUCACGACGCGCGAUGGCUGGAACCGGCCGGCCAAGGUCGUGUCGCGCGUGGCGUACCUGCUGUGCCGCACGCUGAGCCCCACGGUGCUGCUGCUCGUGCUCCUCGAUGCCGUCGCACCCAUGGGCGCCAUCACCGGCUCGUGCCGCGUCUACGGCCAAGUGUUCAACGCGCUCUUCGUGCCGCUGCUGAAUGCCGUGCCGCUCGUCUUCGUCAUCCGCACCAUCAGCCUGUACACGUUCGACAAGCGCGUCUGCAUUCCGCUGCUCGUGGCGUACGCCGUCUGCUUCGGUGUCUCGCUCAGUGCGCUGCCGUUCUGGGGCGUCAACCUCGACAUCCCCGGCUCCGACGGCUGGUGCGUGUACGACACGCGCCGCCAGGAGCGCACGCCGUACAAUGCCGCAUGGCGAAGCUGUGGCAUGCUGCUUGACCUCACUGUCAUCCUGCUCACGCUGCACCGCCUGACCGAGGGAGGCCUGGGUGCAGUCUUCCGGCGCAAGGACCGCCAGCAGAUCAGCGCCUCGCGUCUCUCGGCGACGCUGCUGCGCCAGGGCUUCCAGUACUUUGUGCUCAUCUUCGUCACCGACGUGCUCUUCCUCGCGCUGUACUGGAGCCAGCCCCCGAGCCGUGUGCCGUUCCAGGUCGCCGGAUCAGCACUUGCCUUCUGCAUGCCUCCCAUCCUCGCCGGCAAGGUCUUCCGUGAUGCACGCAAGAUUGUGCGCCGGGUGCAGCGCGACAACCUCUCGCUGGCCAUGUACUCGGGCAGCACGCCGCACGGACACACGUCUGUCCGCGCGAACCCCACGCGCGGCACGAGCAGCGGCUUCGGGCACUCGUUGACGCCAAACUCGACGGACGCGCACAAGUACAUCGCCGACUUCAAGGUCACCGGCCGCGCUUCUGCGCCAAUGCCCGAGCGCGAGUCGAGCUCCAUCGAGCUGCCGGGCCUGCCACAGCUGCCGCGGGCAAGCCACGCCCGGCCAGUGAGCAGCUCGGACGGCUCGCUCGUCUCGCCGACGGAGCGCGCCGGCGGCAUUCACGUGGGCGUGUCAACGGUGACGCACGUUGCAGAGGCCGACCGCAGCUCCAUCGCUGAGCUGGACGGCAGCAAUGUCGAGGCAACAGUGGCUCGCAACUGGCCGCGCUUGCAUUCUCCCGACGUGUCGAGCUCGCCGACAGUCGACGCCGGCUACCAGGACGAUGCGAACGCCUCGACACCUCAGCUCGCGCGUGAGAGCUCGAUAGACCGGCGCAGCUCUACCAUCGUCGCCAUGGACUCCGCGCCGGAGGCGGCCGCAGAGUCUGCUGGCGCGGCGAACGGAGCGGCAGUCGAGGAGCAGCGGUCGGCAUCGCCUGACGCCCAUUGGACACCGCAGACCCCGGCGGGUCCCUAUCCGCACACGACGCAGUCGCAGCUGGCGACCGACUUCUUCGGCGGCGCCUUCCAGACGCCGAGUGCCCCGGACUCGCUGCGGCAAAGCAUCAGCAAUGCCUGGCGCGACCCGGGACAGAGCUUUGACGAGGACGUCGAGGCGGCGCGAGACAGCCCGUCUCGGCCAAGAGACUAGCCGCGCAACGCCAUAGAGACCGUCCCGCUCAGCCUUUUUUUGCUAUCUCCACCCAUUCCCCCACGCACUGAUACCCACUCUGCACGCCUAUGCUCGCUCGACGCGCCUCUGUCCAUCGCGAGCCCUGCUCCGCUGAACCAGUCUGGCAGUCAGCUCCUGCCCGGUUGUAAUAUAUCGGUCUCCAUGC